UGUUGCUUCUUUCAGGAUUGGAUGUAUCUUCAUUCCAGCAUUAUAUUGGGAGAUGGCAGCUCCUUCCCCCCAUUGGCUCUCACACUUUUUCAUUUUAUCCGAGUGCCCAAUUUUGAAGCCAGCCCUUCUCGUUCUCCUGGCCAAUCAAGAGACCACACAUUGUUGCCUAAGAGACCCCGGAUAUCAGCGAAAGGAUUUGUAGAUGGUGAUUGGACUACUGGAAGCUAGGAGGAUGGGGGCCGGGCAGAGUCAAAGAAAAAGCAACUAUGGCAACACCAGCGCUUGAGGCUUGAAGAGGGAGACGAGCUAAAAGAGGUACAGUUUUCUUAUGGAAGAAUAUCCAGUUAUUUCAUGAUGGCAUUUGCACCUCCAAAAAGCACAGAUGGUCCCAAAAUGCAGACAAAAAUGAGUACCUGGACACCCCUAAACCAUCAGCGUUUGAAUGACCAAGUAUUUGAAGAAAGAAGAGCUCUGCUUGGAAAAUGGUUUGACAAAUGGACAGACUCUCAAAGGAGAAGAAUCCUCACAGGCCUGUUCGAACGCUGCUCCCUGUCACAGCAAAAGUUCUGCUGUCGAAAGCUUCAGGAAAAAAUUCCUGCAGAAGCUCUGGAUUUUACUACCACGCUUCCAAGGGUGUUAUCUUUGUACAUCUUUUCUUUCCUGGACCCCAGAAGCCUUUGUCGUUGUGCACAGGUGAGCUGGCAUUGGAAGAACUUAACUGAGCUGGAUCAGCUCUGGAUGCUCAAAUGUUUACGGUUUAACUGGUACAUAAGUUUUUCUCCAACUCCCUUUGAGCAGGGCAUAUGGAAGAAGCACUACAUUCAAAUGGUGAAAGAACUUCAUGUCACUAAGCCUAAGACACCUCCCAAAGAUGGGUUUGUGAUUGCUGAUGUUCAACCAGUUACAGGCAGUUCUCCAGAGGGAAAACAGUCUUCUUCGUCAACUUUCCGAUCCUCUUCCUCUUUAAGAAAGAAGAAUCAGCCAGGGGAGAAAGAGCUCCCACCCUGGCGAUCCUCUGAUAAGCAUCCAACUGAUAUCAUCCGCUUCAAUUACCUGGACAACUGUGACCCCAUCGAGCCAAUCUGGCACGGAAGAAGGAAAAGACAUGAAAUGAUCCCAGGUUCCAGCCGACAAUCACAUGAUAAGAAAAAUAAAUUGCAGGAUAGAUGUAAGCUAAGAAAAGCACAGUCACUGAUAUCCCUAAGGACAGAGCCCAGUUCCCCUCUACAAGUUCCGACUCGUCUCGCCUGGCCUCCUCGGCAGUUCAUGGAGCUCCCAACCACCGAGGGAACAGCGGAACUUCUCCUGCAGCAUCUUCAGAGACACUCUGGGCUCCAGUUCUGGAGGCUGGCAGUCCAAGAUCAAGGUGUCAGCAGGACUGGCUGGUGUCUGGUGAGAGCUCCCUCCUUGGGCUGACUUUUCACUGUGUGCUCCCAUGGCUUUUCCUUGAUACCUAUGCAGAAAGAGAGAGAGAGAGAGAGAGAUCUCAGUCUCUCUUGGGUGUUUGUUCUUGUAAGGACACUAAUCCUAUCAGUUCAGGGCCCCACCCUCAUGACCUCAUUUAACCUUAAUUACUUCCUUAAAGGCUUCAUCUUCAAAUGCAGCCACUCUGGGGUUUAAGAUUUCAAUGUAUGAAUUGGGGGGUAUAUAAGCAUUCGGUUCAUAACAUCCCCCCUUAGGGAUAUGAAUUAGAUGACAAUUGAUAAAGAUAAAUUUAUAUGGAUAUUCAUUAAUUCAAGAAAACUUGACUGAACACCCACUGUGUGCCAGACUCAGCUAGGCUGUGGGAGUAUAGGUACGGGGGGAAAACAACUGUUCCGGCCUUUAAUGAGUUUAUCAGUGCAAAGAAGACAAAUCAGCCAUCACAAUGCAAUGAUAGCAACAAGGAACGUGUGCUGUGACAGCUCCGAGAAGGGAACGAGUAAACCACUCCGUGGGGCUGUGCCACAGUGAUGUCCAAGCAGACACCAAAGAUGAGUAGAUCAAGUAGUAAAUAGGAAGUGGGACAGACAGAAGGAAACAUUCUGGAGAAAGAAUAAGGUAUGCAGAGACCCAAGGCAAAAACUAGGGCCCAGCAUCCUGGUUUGCCCAGGACUAUCCUGGGCUUAGCACUAGAAGUCCCACGUUCAGGAGUUGCCCCAGUCACCGUGGAACUGUAAGUAUCCCAGGAGAGCUGGUGCCUAGAGGAGUUUUGGCUUGUGGCAGGAUUGGUGAGAGAGAAAGCUGGAAAAGUUGGCGGGAACUAAGUCACAUUAAGGAGUUAAGACUACCUUGAAGGCAGUUGAGCAAUCAAUAAGUGAUCUUACAUAGGGGAGUGACUUGCUAAGACUUGCAUUUAGAAAGAUCUCCAUCUGCUGUAUAAUUAAGAGGGACAGCACCAAAAGCCAGUUAGAAAGCCAUUGUGGUUUUGCAAAGAAGGAUGAGGGGUGACUUAAAGUAAAAUAAUAGAAGGGGAUGGAAAGAACCAGAGGAUUUAAAAUAUCUUAAGAAGAAGUAACAGAACUUAGAAAUAUAGAUAGAUGUGGGAGGUGAGCGACAGGGAAAAUCAAGGAUGACUUCCAGAUUUCUGGCUUGGACAACUGGAAAAAGUCUUGGGAAGUAAUUAGGAUGGUUUGGAAAUCCCUCCCCCAAACCACCCUACAUGAGAAUACAAACAAAGCAGCUAUUCUUCUGCUCCCCGUACAGCUCUUGUUGACCUAAAAAUCUGAGUUAUUGUGCAACUGACCCAGAAGUCUCGGUCAUAGCCAUGAGACUUGCAGGAACUUCAGGAUAAGAAGGAGGUUGCAGGGGGCAGUGGUUUGCGAGGCUGCAUGGCUCAGUUGGUUAGAGUGUGAGCUCUCAACAACAAGUUUGCCGGUUCAAUUCCCGCAUGGGAUGGUGGGCUGCGCCUCCUGCAACUAAGCUUGAAAACGGCGAAUGGAC